AUGCACUCGACGACUGUCUCCACAUCAUCAUCGAAUGGAACCUCUCCUUCUUCUGAAGCUUUGAGUUAUUAUCCAUCAUUGGCCUUGAUCAACGCCGCUACUGCUUCGACUUUUCACUUCCCAACGACACUUUCAACUGCCACCAUUCAUGUCACCACUCAAUUCUCGUUCAGUACAAAAUUGAAACGAAUUGAACCCACUCUCUCUGAAAUGCAUCAUCACUCUCUUUCCCUGGAAACAGACCCUUCAGAUGAAAACUCUUCCAAUGACGCUGCGAGUCAAUUCAAUGUUGUGUUAAAUUCUUCAUAUUUAGAACUCUCUCAACAACAACCUCUCCAGUCGCCGUGGUCAUCCUCAGGAGCUUCUCUCAUGUUUACCAAUUCCGCACUCCAUUCGAUAUUUCGAAACUCUGUUCAACGAUCAAAUUCGAACUCGAAUUCUUCUCGAGCGGAAAUGCAUUCUUGGGAUGUGUUACCUGAAAUGAUGCCCAUGGAUGAACAGUGUGUGGCCAUGCUCGAACGAUUCACAGAAAUGACUGAAGAAGAGUUUGAACAACAAGUCAGAAUGUGUUGGAGUCCUUAA